UUGGAUCAAAUUUUGAGAGCGCAUGAACUUGAGCAUAUCUGAACACGAAUGACUUCUUCCAUGGACUACAUGAAAUUAGUUUUGACAGCCCCAUCUAAUGGAUUUUAUAUGAAGCAAGAUGUUUUCGGUCGUUCAGGACAUUUCACAACAUCCCCAGAAAUAUCCCAAAUAUUUGGAGAGCUUAUUGCAGUUUGGGCUGUCAAUGAAUGGCAGAGGUUCAAUAGCAGUCGACCUUUGCGUAUUGUUGAACUUGGACCUGGACGAGGAACCUUAGUCUCUGACAUUUCACGUGUUUUAAAUAAAUUCAGUCAUACAAGAGAUCAAGCCUCACUUCAUUUGGUUGAAAUUUCACCUUACCUGGUCCAAUUACAAGAACAAAAAUUAUGUGGUAAUGUUUCUGUUCUCGGCAAAGAUGAUUUUACCAGACAUGAUUCUUUAACCAAAUUGGGUUUACCAAUUACAUGGUAUCGAUCAUUAGAUCAAGUGCCUGAAGUGCCAGGUUUCACUGUGUACAUUGCUCACGAAUUUCUAGAUGCUUUACCUAUUCAUAAAUUUCAGAAAAAUGAAUCUGGUGAAUGGAGAGAAAUUCUUGUCGAUAUUGAUGCCAAUGAAGAGCUUCGUUAUAUUAUAUCAAGACAUCCUACUCCAGCCAGUAAACUUCUCAUUACUCACGACCAUGACUUGAGUUUGGACCAUCUAGAGAUUUGUCCUGAGGCAGCAUUAACUGUGGAAAAAAUUGCUGAAAGAUUGAAUAGGAAUGAUGGUUGUUUCCUGAUCUGUGAUUAUGGUUAUGAUGAUAAAGAGAAAAAAUCAAGAGAUACUUUCAGAGCAUUUCGUAAUCACAGUCAAUGGGAUCCUCUCAAAGAACCAGGCUCAGCUGAUUUAACAGCUGAUGUUGAUUUUGGUUAUCUUAAAAGGCAUGUUGGUGAUAAAUCGCUUACCUAUGGGCCAAUCGAUCAACAGACAUUUCUCAAAAAUUUAGGAAUAGCUGUCCGACUAGCAAUGCUUCUUCAAGCAGCUAAUGCUGAGCAGAAAAAAGAUUUAAUCUCUGGAGCUAAAAUGAUUCUUGAUGAUAUGGGUUCGAGGUUCAAAUUUAUGGCUAUGUUUCCAAAGCUUUCCAAACAUUUAUUUAAAACUGACCCACCUGGUUUCUCUUCUGUUUAUAGUCCAUUGUGAUGAACCAUUUAGUAUUAAUCUUAUUACCAGUGCCAUUCUUCAAUUACUUUAUAACAACUUUUCGAUGCUAUUUUUGAGCUUCAAGAUAUUAA